AUGGCCAACAAUAAGACACAUCCAGCCUCUAUGAAGACGGUACUUGAACCUUUGAUGAGAUCAGUAUACCGUGAAGGACCUAUCUCUAUUGGUAUCACGACUAUCAUUCCUAAUAAUAUCACCAGGACAAGCAGGAUUCACAAGAAUAAGGAUACUAGGCUAGGUCUUCAUGGCAAGAUACUAUGCGAUUUGGUCAAGGGAAAGGAGAUGACUUCCCCUAACCUGCGGAUGAUCACCAGAGCUGGCCAGAGAGCCAUCAGCUGUCAACGGGCCGUGAAGAUUGGUCCAGAUAUCGACUGCUGGAUCCAGGGCGACCCACAACUGGGUUAG